UAUUACCUUUAAGUAUUUUAUGCGCAUAUGUUUUGAAAAAAAAAUAUACUAACGUUCAAAAUUUAAACGACUAAAAUCUAAGUUUCUCUGGAUGUUUUUUUACUUUUUUUAAUACAUAAAAUGCUGCAAUCUAAGUUGAAUAGCCUGCUAACGGUCAGUGUUUUGUUUAUGUUAUUUUACAAUAGUGAUAGUGUAGUACCAUACACCGACACCAAGACCAACUACGAGGCACUACUCUCGGCUUAUAGGACAGCUAACUCGGUUGGUGUUACAGAUGUCAUACCGAAAGAUCCGGCAUCGGGACCAGUUACGGUAUAUAUGGGUAUCAGCCUCUAUGCCAUAAUGGACUUUGAUGCAGUUAGCGGAAAAAUACAGUUGGUCGCCAGUAUGAAAAUGGAGUGGUUAGACGAGGUCAAAACCUUGACUGGAACUACUUUCAAAGAAACGCUGCAGACAAUAUUUGUUGCGUACGAUCAGAUUUGGACACCAAAUCUUGUAUUAAUUAGCUCAGUAGAUUCCAUCAAAAGAAUUGGGGACGAAACUUAUCUAGUGCGAUAUAAUGUCAGUUCUGGAUAUUGCAAAUGGUAUCCUCGGAUGAUUAUAAAUGCCGCAUGUACACCGGAUAUGACAUAUUACCCAUUUGACAAACAGAUAUGCACGCUAACAGUAACGCCGUGGAACCGCAAUGUCACAGAAUUAACACUUUCUCCUCUUACUAAUGAAUUGAACACAGUCAAUCUCGAGAAAAGCGGACAAUGGGACGUGAGCGAAACUUCUACAGAGGCAUAUAUUGGAACAAGUAACACAACACGAUAUAAUAUCGAUUUCAAAAUAACAAUCAAGAGAAAACCGUUAUUUCUGGCUCUAGUGAUAGUACUUCCUGUGUUAUUGUUGAGUUUGUUGACAGGAUUUUUGUUUUUGCUACCACCUGGUUCUGGAUCAAGGGUUGGCUUUGGAAUAACUUGUUUUCUGUCGUUUGUUGUUCUCUUGCAGACUCUUAUGAGCUUUAUGCCAGAGGUUUCAUCACCUAUGUCUAUCCUUUGCUUCUAUGUUAUUGUUAUGCUAUCAUUUAGCGUUUUACUGAGCAUAGCAAACGUAUUUUUACUCAGAAUGUAUCUGAACCCUAGUAAAGAAGAGGUGCCUCGGAUAUUCCUUACUGUCAUUGAAGUUAUUACAUGUAAAAUUUGGCGACGUUGUCCAAAAUGUCCUAAAAUAAAGUUUACAUUCUUGAAGAAAAUGUGGCAGCGUUGUCCAAAGUGUCCUGCAGGAAAAUUUAGAGUUUGGAAAGGACACCAUCCGGUCGAUUACGAAGACGACCACUUUUUGGAUGAUAGAACUGAAUCGAAGCUGCGCAGAGAAGACAAAGUGCACAACAUCCGAUUUGCAAGAGGUUUGUCAACUCUAAAAGAAGAAUCUGUUAUACGAAACAGAUUUACACUGGAACAGGAUAUUGACCUAAACAAAGACGAAGACAUUGGUGGUGUUAAAAGUUCAUAUGAUGACAGUACAAUUAUUACAGAUAGACAGCUGAAGAGAAGUGCCACGUGGUUUAUUGGUAGUAAAGCGUUUGGUACUGACGGUGAUGAUGAAAUCUACUCCACUGAGCAUCAGCUGGAUCUAGCCCGUCCGAGGUCAGCUCCAGCCUUAAACUUAGAUCCUAACACAGCUACGGGAGUCUUUUCGUCGUCUUCAUCUGGUUAUUUGUCAGCGACUUCAUCUAAUAAACAGUCGAGAGCGGAAUCACGAGUACAGUCCUCAUCAGGGUCACAAAGUCAGGCUGUGGCUGAAUCAGGAGAGCAUUCAGCAACUGGAUCACGCGAUCAGGCAUCAUCUGGACACCGGAGUCAGUCCGCAGCAUCUUCACACGCUACCAGUUCCCCCGAUUCAAAGAGUGAAAUAACUUGGGAAUAUCUCGCACAGGUUUUUGACUUGUUCUUCCUCGCUGUUUUCAUUAUUGUUCAGAUAAUAUUCACGAUUUUCUUUUUGGUUCCUCUUGGAGCUCAGUAUUAGAGACCUUAUUUGAGUAUCUCAUCCGAAUCUCCCAGUGUUUUCCAUUCGGUUUUUCUUGCAUCACCAACACCAUCAAUUGAUUUUGACUGACAGUUAAUAAGACGAGCUUUAAAUGAAGUGAAAUGUUUUCUUAUUUAUUCAGCAUCAUUUGGUAACGUUUAAAUAUAACAUUUGCAAAGGCAAGUAUCCACAGCAAUAUUAUACAUUUUUUAUGUUUUCCUUUUCUGUUUUUCUACAUGCAGUUUCCAAAUAAAAUUCAUUAUUUGUUUUAGUAAUUCAGAGGACGUUUGUUUUUGUUGCUAGGUUGAUUAAUUAAACUAUUUGUUUGUUAACUUUACUUUUUCUUUACAUAUUAUGCCAGUCACAUGAAAUGUUCGUUUCCUUUAUGUCGCUUGUCCGCGGUAUUCUCGCGUCAUUGUUAAUUACGCGUUAUUUCCGUUUUGCACUGCAGUACCAUCUUGACAUUGUUUACAAACAACCUACUUUCAUUUUCAGUUGAAAUUUUAAUCAAUUUGUCCAGAAUGCAUAGAAUUUUGGUGAGUUAGCUUUUAAAAUAGUUGAAAUACUUGAAUUUCUAUCCAAUUAAACCCAAAUCCUGUAUUUUUCACUUGUUAACGUCGUUUUCGCCAAUGUUUUGUUUAUGUCUCUGUUAUUAAUAGGCCCGAUUCGGACGAACGACGACCCCACAAUGCCCCGCUUCCCCUUAAUUCCCGCCUUGGUACCAUAAUUUUCGAAACGGACUAAUUUUAGUGGUCACAUACAAAGGUUCAAAGGUCAGGGUUCUGAGAAGGGACAGCUUUUUCAGGUGUACACGCUAUCAAAAUGAGUAAAUUGUUAAGUACUGGGUGUGGAACAUUUCACAUAGUUUUACCAAUAUUGUUAUAAUUAAACUGUUAUUUUUACAAACAGACACAGAAUUCCUUAGUGUACCGGAAAUGAACAAAUAUCGUGGUAUGUAACCUAACAAUAAUUCUACAACUACAACAAGAACAUCUUUAACGUGAAAUGGACAUACAAAAUCAAAAUGAUAGAAAGUGUACAUGUUGACACGUGAUUGUCGGGAGUAUUUUAAUUAUAUUUUGUGUCAAAACAUGUAUGUUUUGACAGAUAAUGAAUUAUAUGAAAUUAUUUAUAAUACGAAAUAACUGUUAUAUUUUUA